UUUUACAUUCGUUUACAUUUGGCCCAUGCGUUUAACUUUGAGUGGGUUUCUAGGUUUAAAUCAAAAUUUAACCGUAUAAUGGACAAUAAACUGACUCGCUAUGAAAAGAUUGCCUUCCUUGGAGAAGGACAGUUUGCCACUGUUUACAAGGCUCGCGACACAUUAACGGAACAAAUUGUGGCUGUGAAAAAGAUUAAAAUCGGAAGUCGAGAAGAAGCUCAGGAUGGCAUCAAUCGCACCGCCUUAAGAGAAAUCAAAUUGUUGCAUGAGCUACAGCAUGAAAAUUGUAUUGGCUUACUGGAUGUUUUUGGUCACAAAUCGAAUGUUUCAUUGGUGUUCGAUUUUAUGGACACCGAUUUAGAGAUCAUCAUUAAAGAUCCCAAAAUCAUUCUAACACAAUCCGAUAUCAAGGCCUACAUAGUUAUGACACUCAAGGGAUUGGAAUACCUGCACAUGAAUUGGAUUUUACAUCGUGAUUUGAAACCCAACAAUUUGCUGGUAAACUCUGAAGGCAUUUUAAAGAUUGGUGAUUUUGGUUUGGCGAAAUUCUUUGGAUCUCCUUCGCGUAUUUAUACACAUCAGGUGGUAACACGAUGGUAUCGUGCCCCAGAGUUGCUGUUUGGCGCUCGUCAAUAUGGCACCGGCAUUGAUAUAUGGGCUGUUGGUUGCAUUUUAGCCGAACUUCUAUUGAGGGUACCCUUUCUGGCUGGCGAUUCAGAUUUGAAUCAACUGACCAAAAUUUUCCAAGCCUUAGGCACCCCCAACGAUGAAACUUGGCCAAAUCUAAAUAAACUGCCAGACUUUAUGCAGUUUGUACAAUUCCCAGGAGCUCCCCUAUCUCAUUACUUCACUGCCGCCCCCGAUGAUUUGAUAGAAUUAGCUGAGAAACUAUUAGCCUUAGACCCCUCGAAACGGUGCACUUGUACCGAAGCUUUGGAAAUGAAAUAUUUCACCAAUAAGCCAGCACCUACCUUGGGCCAUAAGUUGCCUCUGCCAAGUUCGAACAAACAAAAUGUGGAUGAGAAACCCAAUCUGAAACGAAAGAUUUUGGAUGCCAUGGAAGGCGUGGGUAAUCCCAAGAAGUUAGUAUUUUAGGUAUUAGAGUUAUAAGAUUGGUUCAAUUGAGAAUAAACAUAUUUUCGCAGACCUAAUGGAGAUUUCGUUACAACUCUUUUAAAUCAUCAUCAUUCCUUUGUUAAGUAAAAUAUCCCACAUUCGUCGUUUUCUACUGUAAAGUAUGUUCUAUUUGUUAGUUUACAAACAAAAAGUCUCAAAUACAGACAAGUUAUUAAAUUGCCAA